CAGGUCACCCCAAGGAUGGGCGAGCACCCCAGAAGGGUCUCCGCCACGGCACCCCCCUCCGCCGCUCACCCCCAGGCUGCUUUAGCCCCGCACCCCUCGCUUUCCAUCUCAGGCGAGGCCAGCUCCACCGCUCCCCAACGCAGCCUUGUCCCUCGCACCGCGGCUACCUCUCCCCUCGCUCCUGCCCCCAGCUCCCCCACGGCCCCUCCUCAGCUCAGCCCUACCCCCAGCCGGCUCCCACCUCCGCGUCGGGCCUCUCGGCGGCCGCCAUGUCCGGCGCAGCCCCGCCCCGCGCCCUCUGACCGCCGGAAGCUGCCUUCUGCCCUGGCAACAGUCGCCGGCGCCAUGCAGAGAGAGGAGAAGCAGCUGGAGUUGACCCUGGAGGCACUCAUCAGUCAAGUGGCUGACCUGAAGAACUCCUUGGUCAGUUUUAUCUACAAGCUGGAGAAUGAGUAUGACCGACUCACAUGGCCUUCAGUUCUGGAUAGCUUUGCAUUGCUCUCAGGGCAGCUGAACACCUUGAAUAAAGUGCUAAAGCAUGAGAAGACCCCACUACUGCGAAACCAGGUUAUCAUACCACUAGUUCUGUCUCCAGAUCGUGAUGAGGAGAUCAUGCGGCAGACAGAGGGGCGCGUGCCAGUGUUCAGCCAUGAGGUUGUGCCCGACCAUCUUCGAACUAAGCCUGACCCUGAGGUGGAGGAGCAAGAGAAGCAGCUGAUCACAGAUGCAGCUCGAAUUAGCCCUGAUGUGGCACAGAAACAGAUCCAAAGUCUAAACAAAAUGUGCUCGAAUCUGUUGGAGAAAAUCAGUAAGGAGGAGCGUGAAUCUGAAAGUGGAGGUUUACGACAGAACAAGCAAACUUUCAACCCUGCAGACACCAAUGCACUGGUAGCAGCUGUGGCCUUUGGGAAGGGACUGUCAAACCGGAGACCCCCUGGCUCUGCAGGAUCUGUCCAGGCAAGCCAGCCAGGAGCUGGUGCCAUCAUCGCAGGUGCUUCAGGCAUGCAGCAGGUCCCAAUGUCAGGUGCACCUGCUCAGCAGCAGCCAAUGCUAGCCGGAGUGCAGAUGACACAAGCAGGACAGCCAGGAAAAAUGCCAAGUGGCAUAAAAACGAACAUCAAAUCAGCCUCAAUGCAUCCAUAUCAGAGAUGAGCUGAGAUGAACCAGACCCAAGGGACAAUAGUUACCAACAUUGCUGCUGCUGCAACCACACCACCCAGGAUUUCUUCUAGGUCUUCCAAGCCCCUUCAGAUAUCUAGGGAGACAGAGGUUAUGAGGCCCUUCCUUUGGCUUUAUUUAGCACUGAGUGGCUUUGUGGAGUUUCUUGUUGGACAUGUCUCCUGGACACAAGUACUUUUGUGUUCAGUCAGAGCUAAGAAUUUUGCUUUUGGUGUUGAUCUCACCUUCAGUUCUGGUCUGGUAGACAGCUACCGUUUCCUGAUACAGAACCUGAAGAGCUACAUGAAACACUCUGCUCCUUGUUUGUACUUCUUCACUUGGGAUGUUCUUUCUUUACUCCUUCUUGUUGAAUAAAGACAUUGUUAUGCACUCUCUGA